GCACAACAACAAGCAACUAAUAUUUUGUGGUUGUUAUUGGUAUUGCGUUCGAGACGAUGCGAUGGCAGCGCUGACAAAUCCAGUGUCUGCGUUUUAGCUUACCGCUGCAAAGUGUUAAUCAUUAUUUUCUAUUGUUUUUUUUUUAGUGUUCUUAUUACUAAUAUUUUUGCAGUUUAGGCGUUUUAUGAUGCGCCAGUCGAGUUUAUCACAUUAGUUGACUGCCAGACGUGCCAGCGACCGCUUCGAGCCCCAGCAGCGACAACAUCAACAACAUGAGCACCCCGCAGCAUAUUUUGCAGCUGAGCGCCGAGCAGCGACGGCAGUUUGUGGACUCGUUUGACUGGGUGUUCAGCGACAUAGAUGGCGUCAUCUAUAACCUGGACACGGAGGUCCCGAAUGCCAGCCAGGCGUAUGCGGCUCUCGAGCGCGCCGGCAAGCGGCUGACCUAUGUGACCAACAACAGCGUGCGCACUAGUGAGAAGACUGUGCGUCGCUUUGCCAAGUCCAACCUGCAAGUGGCGCCGCAGCAGAUCUGGCAUCCGGCCCAGACCCUGGUCUACUAUUUGCGCAGCAUCAAGUUCGAGGGACUCAUCUAUAUCAUGGCCUCGCCGCAGUUCAAGGCGGUGCUGCAGGAGGCGGGCUUUCAGCUGCUCGACGGCCCCAAUCAUUUCAUUGAGGACAACUAUGAGGAUCUGGCGCGCAACAUAUUCGAUAAGCAGCCAGUGCGUGCCGUGGUCAUCGAUGUCGACUUCAAUCUUACCUCGUCCAAGCUGCUGCGCGCCCAUCUCUAUCUGCGUCAGCCGGAUUGCCUGCUAAUCACCGGCGCCACAGAUCGCUUGCUGCCCGUUGGCAAGGGCCUCAACAUCAUCGGACCCGGCGCCUUCGCCUCCAUUCUGGUCGAGGCCAGCGGCAAGCAGCCGAUUGUGAUGGGCAAGCCGGGUCGUGCGCUGGGAGACAUGCUGCUCCAGCAGCACAACAUCAGCGAUCCACGGCGCGUGCUCAUGAUCGGCGAUAUGCUGGCCCAGGAUGUGCGCUUCGGCCGCAUGUUCGGCUUCCAAACGCUGCUCGUGCUAACCGGCGGCUGCACACACGACCAGCUGCUGGCCGAAACAGAUCCCGAACUGCUGCCCGACUACUAUGCCGACAGCGUGUUCGACUUGGUGUCAGUGCUGGCCGAGCUGGUGCCCAAGGCGCAUGGCUAGAUCCGUGCAAGCAUCUAUAUGUUUAUAUAUAUAUAUAUAUAUAGUGUAACGGUUAAAGGUGACCUUGUGUAAUCUUAAGUAGCGUAACCCCAACUUGCCCAUGUACCUAUUCCGCUUUCAUUUUGUUUAUGUACUAUAUAUAUCAAAUUUCCGAUAAGAUAUUGUAUUGAAGCACUUCAACUAUUCUUUCGACUCGGAUCGAUCAAGUUAAUCUUAAUCUCUCUCGCUCCCUCUCUCUUGCCCAUAUUUU